UGUGGUAACUAGUGACCCCCAGUGCGUCCCUGCUACUGGGGUGUGAUUGGAGGGAAACCCCGUGGACUCGACAUUCAGACCGGUUGUGAGAGAAGCAGCUGUGUAACGUAGCUAGCGAGCCACACCGACAACACCACUAGCCCUUUGCACUCAGUCCUGAGUAGCCAUGGUUGACAAGAGCGAGGUGGUUCAGAAGGAGCUGGUCCAGAAGGCCAAGCUGGCGGAGCAGGCCGAGCGCUACGACGACAUGGCGGCCUCCAUGAAGGCUGUGACAGAGGAAGGCACCCAGUUGUCCAACGAGGAGCGGAACCUCCUCUCUGUGGCCUAUAAGAACGUGGUGGGUGCUCGGCGUUCCUCCUGGAGGGUGGUGUCCAGCAUCGAGCAGAAGACUGAGGGCAGCGAGAAGAAGCAGGCCAUGGCCAAGGAGUACAGGGAGAAGAUAGAGAAGGAACUGAAGGAGAUCUGUAACGAUGUGCUGGGUCUUCUGAACCAGUUCCUCAUCCCCAAUGCUACUCCGGCCGAGAGCAAAGUGUUCUAUUUGAAAAUGAAAGGAGAUUACUACCGCUACUUAGCCGAGGUGGCGGUUGGAGAGGAGAAAGCCGCCAUCAUCGGUAACUCCCAGGAGGCCUAUAAGGACGCGUUUGAGAUCAGCAAGAAGGACAUGCAACCCACCCACCCGAUUCGUCUGGGCCUGGCUCUCAACUUCUCUGUGUUCUACUACGAGAUCCUCAACUCCCCCGAGCAGGCCUGCAAACUGGCCAAGACGGCUUUCGACGACGCUAUUGCAGAGCUGGAUUCUCUGAGUGAAGACUCCUACAAAGACAGCACCUUGAUCAUGCAGCUACUGAGAGACAACUUGACACUGUGGACCUCAGACAACCAGGGAGAUGGAGAGGAUGCUGAGGAGGGUAGAGACUGACCUGGUUCCUGUUCCCUGGUCUGUCUGUCUGACUGACUGUCAUCAUCCUCUAUCUAUCAACACUGAGACAGACAGACUGACCACCUCAUCCUGCCCAACGCUUCUCUUUAGUUCUGUCUGUCACCUCAUCUCUCCAUGUGUUUACUCUUCUUUCGGGAAUCAUUGUGGGGGGGGGUUGCUUUCCAGGACUUGGUUGUGGGAGGGGGUUGCUUUCUAGGACUUGGUUGUGGGAGGGGUUUGCUUUCUAGGACUUGGUUGUGGGAGGGGGUUGCUUUCUAGGACUUGGUUGUGGGAGGGGGUUGCUUUCUAGGACUUGGUUGUGGGAGGGGGUUGCUUUCUAGGACUUGGUUGUGGGAGGGGGUUGCUUUCUAGGACUUGGUUGUGGGAGGGGGUUGCUUUCUAGGACUUGGUUGUGGGAGGGGGUUGCUUUCUAGGACUUGGUUGUGGGAGGGGGUUGCUUUCUAGGACUUGGUUGUGGGAGGGGGUUGCUUUCUAGGACUUGGUUGUGGGAGGGGGUUGCUUUCUAGGACUUGGUUGUGGGAGGGGUUGCUUUCCAGGACUUGGUUGUGGGAGGGGUUUUGGGACAUAUAUUAUAGUAUGUUGGGGUGAGGGACUUGUCUACUGAGCGUAUAAUUAUUUGUGGGCGGAGCAACAGGGUGUUACAUGUAGGUUGACGGGGGAGGGGAACUUCUCAACUCAUGCAAUGAACCUGGUCUAGUCCUCUACCUGUGUUCAGGUUGGGAAUGAACCUGGUGUAGUCCUCUACCUGUGUUCAGGUUGGGAAUGAACCUGGUGUAGUCCUCUACCUGUGUUCAGGUUGGGAAUGAACCUGGUGUAGUCCUCUACCUGUGUUCAGGUUGGGAAUAAACCUGGUCUAGUCCUCUACCUGUGUUCAGGUUGGGAAUGAACCUGGUCUAGUCCUCUACCUGUGUUCAGGUUGGGAAUGAACCUGGUCUAGUCCUCUACCUGUGUUCAGGUUGGGAAUAAACCUGGUCUAGUCCUCUACCUGUGUUCAGGUUGGGAAUGAACCUGGUCUAGUCCUCUACCUGUGUUCAGGUUGGGAAUGAACCUGGUGUAGUCCUCUACCUGUGUUCAGGUUGGGAAUAAACCUGGUCUAGUCCUCUACCUGUGUUCAGGUUGGGAAUUAACCUGGUCUAGUCCUCUACCUGUGUUCAGGUUGGGAAUGAACCUGGUCUAGUCCUCUACCUGUGUUCAGGUUGGGAAUGAACCUGGUGUAGUCCUCUACCUGUGUUCAGGUUGGGAAUAAACCUGGUCUAGUCCUCUACCUGUGUUCAGGUUGGGAAUGAACCUGGUCUAGUCCUCUACCUGUGUUCAGGUUGGGAAUGAACCUGGUCUAGUCCUCUACCUGUGUUCAGGUUGGGAAUGAACCUGGUCUAGUCCUCUACCUGUGUUCAGGUUGGGAAUGAACCUGGUCUAGUCCUCUACCUGUGUUCAGGUUGGGAAUGAACCUGGUCUAGUCCUCUACCUGUGUUCAGGUUGGGAAUGAACCUGGUCUAGUCCUCUACCUGUGUUCAGGUUGGGAAUGAACCUGGUCUAGUCCUCUACCUGUGUUCAGGUUGGGAAUGAACCUGGUCUAGUCCUCUACCUGUGUUCAGGUUGGGAAUUAACCUGGUCUAGUCCUCUACCUGUGUUCAGGUUGGGAAUGAACCUGGUCUAGUCCUCUACCUGUGUUCAGGUUGGGAAUGAACCUGGUCUAGUCCUCUACCUGUGUUCAGGUUUGGAAUUAACCUGGUCUAGUCCUCUACCUGUCUACAUGGUAAAGAUCUUGUGCUUGACAACAUUGCUUGAUUCAUUUGUGGUUCGACAUCAGUCUCUCUUGAUUGGAGGAGGCAGCAGCGAGCGGUUUUAGUCUGUAGCCAGGCGACUGACGGCAGGAGCAUUAGGGGAUAGUCCUGAUGGCGUCUUAUCGAUGGUGGGUUGGCGUGGUCGUUGUGGUGCUCCCCAAAAUGGCACCCUAUUCCCUAUAAAGUACACUACUUUUAGACCAGAACCCUAUGGACCUUGGUCAAACACCCGUGCACUAUGUAGGGAGUAGGGUUCCAGUAGUGCACUAUGUAGGGAGUAGGGUUCCAGUAGUGCACUAUGUAGGGAGUAGGGUUCCAGUAGUGCACUAUGUAGGGAGUAGGGUUCCAGUAGUGCACUAUGUAGGGAGUAGGGUUCCAGUAGUGCACUAUGUAGGGAGUAGGGUUCCAGCUGAGAGGGAAACCUUGGAUAGUGAUGUUACAUUCCAUUAAACUGUCUCUGUUCUGCUCCAGCUUCUUCUUCUUCUUCAGUUUCACUGACCUGCUAACGUCAUUUUGUAUUUCUGUGUCGAGUAGGAGGUUUGGGAAAAGUCUAGAACAAAGAGGACUCCUAAUACUCAGACUGUUUUUAAAACCAGCAGAGCAAGGAAGAAUUUCCCCUCGUUGCUUCAUCUAGUUGCUGCUUCUUCUUUCCUUCCCCAGUUAAGGGUUUCUUUUGAUACUUGUGGUUGAGAACUAGUUAACGGGGAGAAAAGGGAGGUUGUUGUUGGGCUGGUUGUCUUUGUCCAUGUCUUUUUUGGAAAUUUUCAUACGAAACACCUAAAGCAUAACUGUUAUCUGGAGGGAAAUGUUAUUUCAUGUAUGUGGAAUUAAAAAGAUAAUUUAUAAGUU